AUUACACUGGGGUUCCCCUAUUCGAUCUACGGCGAUUGCGGGAGAUUUGACUGAACGCAGUUCAGGAUGAAUCGUUGGUCGAGUAAAGUCGCGGUCGUGACUGGUGCGAGCGGUGGAAUUGGCGCCGCUAUUGCCAGGGAACUUGUGCGCAAUGGAUUGAUUGUCGCGGGGCUAGCCCGAAGAGUUGAUAAAAUCGAAGAGCUGGCCUCUUCCCUGGGAGAAAAGCCAGGAAAAUUGCACGCAGUCGAGUGCGAUGUAUCCCGGGAGGAGAGUGUCAUCCUCGCGUUCGCAUGGGUGAAGGAGCACCUGGGGAGGAUCGACGUGCUUGUCAAUAACGCAGGAAUUACAAUCGAGACAACGCUGAGUGAAGGCCGCUUGGAGGACUGGAAAGCAGUUUUCGAUGUCAAUGUACUGGGGCUGUGUCUAGCUACCCGAGAGGGAUUGAAAAUCAUGAGGGAAAGUGAGGACGAGGGUCUCAUCGUUCACGUGAACAGUCUUGCUGGUGAUCGAGUCCCUGCUGUUCCGGGUUUCAGUGUUUAUCCCGCCUCGAAGCGAGCUAUAACCGCGCUGGCACAAUCUCUGAGGAAUGAACUAACCGGAUCUAAAAUUCGUAUCACGUCAAUUACUCCAGGUCUGGUAGCCACAGAUCUGAUGUCGGAAUAUUCAUCAUUCUCCAGGGAAAUUCUGAACGCAAUGCCCUCGUUAAAACCUGACGAUAUUGCGGCUGCAAUAAUCUAUGUCUUGUCCACACCAGCACACGUUUCAGUGCAAGAGAUCAUCCUGCGUCCAGUGGGUGAAUCCUGGUAAUUUUUUCUGGCUUUACACUUCACGAAAAUCUCCACUCACGACGAAAUAAAAUACCACUUGUCAAUAUACUACAUGUAAUUAAAUAAAAUACUUCAAGACUCA